AUGAUGACCAAGCCAUUUGGAAAGAGUGGCGACAUGAAUGAGCUGGUAGGCUCCCUCGCCUGGCUGGACGAAGAUGGCAGCUCUCAGGAUGGGGAGGAAAGCCCCGACAUGAGGGGGCAUCGAGUCCUGAUUGAAGGAAGCAGACACUCAUGUUCCGAGAUGGGUAGUGAGGACAUGGAAGAGGAGGAGGAAGAGGAUGAAGAGAUGACUGGACCAAAUGGAGAAAUUGUUCCGAAAAGAAGGGGUCCAAAGAAGAAGAAGAUGACCAAAGCCCGUCAGGAGCGCUUCCGUGCUCGCCGAAUGAAGGCCAACGCCAGAGAACGCUCACGCAUGCAUGGCUUGAACGACGCGUUGGACAAUUUGCGCAGAGUGAUGCCCUGCUACUCCAAAACACAGAAGCUGUCAAAGAUAGAAACGUUACGGCUGGCCCGCAACUACAUCUGGGCGCUGUCGGAGGUCUUAGAGAACGGUCAGUCGCCGGAGAGCCACGGCUUCAUGGAAAUGUUGUGCAAAGGUCUCUCCCAGCCCACCAGCAACCUUGUUGCCGGCUGCCUGCAACUUGGUCCCACGCCGUUGCACAUCAACAAGCUCGAGGACAAGUGCGGACCCCCGGGGUUGAGCGGGGUGGGCGGUCAGGCUAGUCAUGCCCUCAGCUACCCAUCCCCAGGGCUCCCUAGCCCGCCUUACGGCUCCCUGGAGGCAUCCCAUCUCCUCCACAUGAAGGGAUUCAAGGGGCAGGGGUUCGACAACCCCUCCCCUAACGAGUGCAGCGGUGGCACCCCGCCGUACGACGGAGCCCUCACGCCCCCCCUCAGCAUCAGUGGAAACUUUGCGCUAAAGCAGGAGCCUUCGUCACAAGAAUCCGAGAGGAACUACACCAGCCACGCCACCCACCACGCCCACUACCUCUCGUCCCACCAUUACACUGCUUCGGCAACUGCCGGCCUACCUGGGGGGCACCAGGGCCACCCGCUUUUUCAGGGAUCCCGCUAUGAGCUUCCCCUGGAUGUGGCCUUUGACUCCUUCACGUCAUCUCAUCUGCUGGCCUCUCAGAUGGGCUCCAUGUGA